UUUGUUGCAGAAUGUGUGAGUUACCACCUGACACCCUUGGUGUGCUUGAGAACUCUAAAAUAAUAACGAAAUCUUGGAAUAGAUAAAUUUACUGUAUGAGGACUGAAGCUGUUGUUAAUUCCCAAGGCCAGACUGGCUAUCUAACAAAGGAUUCGGACCAGGAUGUAGCACUCAAACUUGCCCAGGAGCGAGCUGAAAUAGUUGCUAAAUAUGACAGAGGACGAGAAGGUGCAGAGAUUGAGCCUUGGGAAGAUGCUGAUUACCUUGUUUACAAAGUCACGGACAGAUUUGGCUUUUUACAUGAGGAAGAACUGCCCUAUCAUAAUGCAUCUGUGGAACGGCAAAAGCACCUGGAAAUUGAAAGAACUACUAAAUGGUUGAAAAUGCUAAAAGGAUGGGAAAAAUACAAGAACACUGAAAAGUUUCAUAGGAGAAUCUACAAAGGGAUCCCACUCCAGCUCCGCGGUGAGGUCUGGUCUAUGCUCCUUGAGAUCCCUAAAAUGAAAGAAGAAACAAGAGACCUUUACAGUAAAUUAAAACACAGAGCACGGGGUUGUUCACCUGAUAUCAGACAAAUAGACCUUGACGUCAACCGCACAUUUAGGGACCAUAUUAUGUUUAGAGACAGAUACGGUGUUAAGCAGCAAUCCCUGUUCCAUGUUCUUGCUGCGUAUUCUAUCUAUAACACGGAAGUUGGAUACUGUCAGGGGAUGAGCCAGAUCACAGCUUUGCUCCUUAUGUACAUGAAUGAAGAAGAUGCUUUCUGGGCCCUGGUCAAACUCUUCUCAGGCCCCAAACAUGCCAUGCAUGGAUUUUUUGUCCAUGGUUUUCCUAAACUGUUGAGAUUCCAAGAACAUCAUGAAAAAAUACUGAAUAAAUUUCUGUCCAAGCUUAAGCAACACUUGGAUUCUCAAGAAAUCUUCACAAGUUUUUACACAAUGAAAUGGUUUUUUCAAUGUUUCCUUGAUCGUACUCCCUUUACAUUAAACCUCAGAAUAUGGGACAUCUACAUCUUUGAAGGAGAACGAGUUCUUACUGCUAUGUCUUACACUAUCUUAAAAUUACACAAAAAACAUCUAAUGAAAUUGUCUAUGGAAGAACUUGUAGAAUUUCUUCAGGAGACCUUGGCAAAGGACUUUUUCUUUGAAGAUGAUUUUGUAAUAGAGCAGCUUCAGAUUUCUAUGGUGGAACUAAAGCGGGCAAAAUUAGACCUUCCAGAACCUGGUAAAGAAGAUGAAUUUCCAAAGAAACCUUUGGGACAGCUUCCACCUGAAUCUCAGUCUGCUGGCAUUACUCACCUGAGCAAUGGACAAAGUGUUGGCAGGUCAAGUCCCCAUAAGAACAACAGACGAGAGAGCAGCUCAUCACCUCACAGAAAACAUGAGCGUUCGCCUCACCAUCAGAGUAGACUUGGUACACCGGAAAGAGUACGGCAGCCACGACCAAAAUCGGUGGAUGAGGAGAGCAGAAAGCUAAAAGACGAGGCAGAUUUUCAAAGAAAACAUCCAUCAGGUUCACAAGACAAUGCCAGGCAAUAUGAUCACGCAGCUGCUAAUCAAAAUAGCAAUGCUACUUCAGAUACCAGGAAGGAAUUUGCACCCAAAUGGAAUAAACCGUCAGAUGUUUCAGCUAUUGGAAAAACUGCAAAAUAUGCCACUGAAGGCAAAAGUGGAUCACACCCCACACUUACAGUCACCAUCCCAAGUUCUGCUGAUCUUCGGAUACCGAAUGCAAGGCAGAAGAUGAAGGUCUGGGACGCCGAUGAAGGGAAACGGGGUUCUAAUGCAUCCCAGUAUGACAAUGUACCUGAAAAUGGAAAUGGCACUUCUGUUGAAGAGGCACUAGAAAGGGCUUACUCUCAAAGUCCAAGGAAUAUUGUUUACACGCAUAGUCCAAGAAAGCAUGCUGAGCCAAGUCCUAGUCCAUCAAAAGUGUCAAACAAGUUUACUUUUAAAGCGCAGCCUCCAAGUUACGCAAAAUAUCCAUCUCAGCUAGAUGGGGAAGAUCGUGGGAUGGUACCCCCGCCGUCGUAUAGCAAUCCCCCCAUCUAUCAUGGGAGUUCUCCAAAACGCAUCCCUCCUGCUAACAGCAGCCUCAUGUCUCCACAGCUUAGCUAUGGGAUCCAAAUGAAUCCUUCCAGGAGGCCUCAUGGUUCUAAUCUUUCAAUCAAUGUUUCUCCAGAGAAAUCUCACAGCCGCCCAGCUCCUCUUGUACUACCAUCUAGUCGAAUAGAAGUUCUUCCCGUCGAAAUUGAUGCUGGGGGAUAUUCAGGCAAUUCAGGGGCACCAAAGAAUGGAAAAUUUAUCAUUCCUCCAGUGGAUUAUUUGCCAGAUAACAGGAAGUGGUCCGAAGUCGGCUACAUAUACAGACCUGAGACACACGAACACUUGUGGACUCGAGAUGCUAACCGCGGCCACUUAAGCAAUUUACCAAAAUAUCCUGCCUUUCAACAUGUUCCCUUUCAGGACCAUAACCUCCCCGCAGUUUCAGUGGAUAGUCCCGUGCGGUAUAGAACUUCCCCAGCUUUAGAAGAUGCCAGUUCAUCUGGGUAUCAAUAUUCAGGGCCCUCGGCUCCCAUGUAUCACUACAGAAACCGGGAUGGACUUUCUAUUCAAGAAUCAGUAUUGCUGUGAGAAUUUAUCUACACUUGCUGAAGACAAGAGAAUAGAAACCAUACGAAACCUACAUUGCUAUGUUUAUAAUUGCCAAAGCAGUAUUUUGUACCAUUGUAAACAACUGGCGCAAUUCUAAUGUAUGUUACUAAUAAGAGUAGAUGGAAGUGUUUUCAUCCCAUAAAGAUGCUGCUUAAGAUGAGCAUUUUAAAUUGCAUCGUCACUGAACCUGUUAAAAAGAAUUUACCAUGGAAACAUAGCAAUAGCAUUUAGGAAUGCACGCACAAUAAUAAUUCAUUACUCAGUUUCAUUUAUAGCUUUCUCCAAAAACCUGAACAUUUUUACUCUAUUAGCCCGUUCUAUUUUGAGUAAUGUUACAAAGUACUGAAAAACUGUCAUGUAGAGUAGAUAUUUUUAAGGCUAUAUGUAGUGUAUGUGUCUUCUAAUAGAUAUUGUAGGCAUCUAUGCAUACACAUUUGAACACAAAACUAAAGAAACAUUUUUAAAAACUACUUUUAAUUUAGAUCCAUGGAAUAAUUUAUUAUUCUUUUCUUUAACUGGUGUUUUAGUCAAGUUUUUUUCCCCAUUGUAUUUUUAACCUAGAUCCUAAAUUGACUUCACAGUUUGCCCUGAGUUGAGUAAUUCAAAUUUCAUAGAAUGCUCAUCUUUCUCAUUCAAUUGCUGUCAUUUUCUUUCAAUCUGAAAAUUAAAGACAUUGGAGAGAAUGGCUAACCACUUAAUGGUGCUUAAAAAUCCAGGCAGUUAAAAUAAGUUUAUGGCCAAAGGUGCAGCUGUCAGUGUAUCCGUGAGCACUGAGGUCAGUGUAAGUGCCUCUGCCCUGAGUUCUGGUCUGACUCGCAAAGCUCAGAGCAGAAUGGUCCUUGCCAGAUGCAAAGGAAGCGUGGCAGCACAGCGUCCUGUGGAUGCCAGCAGGAGAGGCUGCCAGUCACUAUUCCUUGCAGGUUCCUUUGAAAGCAGGAUUAGCAAUAUGGUUACUUCUAAGUCAGCCCCUCAGAUUCCUGCAGGGCCUCACUACAAAGGGCUGGGCAGUCAUUUACAUGAUCUCUGGCACUGUCUUUUUAAAGAAUGUAGCCAAUAGAUAUUGCUGUGCUUAGGCCAUUCAAUUAUUGUGUAAAAUUGUAGGAAAUGAUCCUAAUUAAUAACGGGAAUCUAAGAUUUUGGUCUUUUUAAUAGUGCAACUUUCAUACUUCCAAAAAUCUUUUUUUUCUUUUUCGGUGACAAAAAUUCAAGUUCAUGUUAAAAACAAAUUAGCAAUGUCUUUUAUAAUUUUCUAUUACACUACAAUUACCAAAACAUUGACAAAGUUUGGAGCACACCAAGAAAGUAUGACUUUGUGUUUAAUUGGAGAGCUUAUUUUCAACAUUACUUUGCUCAUGUUUGAAUAAUAGAGUAGAAAACCUAACACUGAGGGCUCUUCUUGUUGCAGGCUGGGGCUUUAAGCUUUCAAGGUACAGAAGUAUGUCUUUUAAAACGAGAGUAACAUUUGUUUAGCUAGUGAAUGUGAUAAUAUUUUUUAUGUAUAUAAUGAGUCUAAUGUAAUUUUAAUCAACUUGGUAAUGACAUUAUUAAAUGGCAAAACAAAUAUGGUGUAUUAGCAGUAAGCAAUACACCGAAGCUCAGACGAAAUCCUGAUAUCACUGGGCUCUUGAUUCAGAUCAUGUGAAACUUAGAAAUAAAUAUAUAUAAAAAUGUAGCUGAGGAUAUUAAUUCUAAUUUUUAAACCAUGAUUCUGUGACUUGUAAUAAGAUAAGCCAAGCUGUACAAUUUAGUUCAUGAUAGCAGCGCCUGAGCUGUUCCAAAAUCUAUAUGUCAACAGUGGUAAAUACUGUAGAUUUAUAUAUAUAUAUAUGCAAAAUAUAUAUGCACACACUAUUUUCUUAUGUCAUCUAUGACAUUUUUUAUCUGUUUACUUUUUUGGAUGUGAUUGUUUUUAACAUGCUAAAAGUAAUACGAAUA